UCGAUGCCGGUUUUUAGAGAACCAUCACAAUAUUUCCUCACAUCUCUUCAAAACUUCAUGGCUUGAGGCUAAACGCAAUUGGAAAUUUAAAUACAUUGGUGGUGGCGAUUGGUGGUAAAAAUGGUGAAAUACUUGCAGCGUGAAAAAGAUGCGAACGAUAAUGCGGUUGCAAGCAUAAAUAUCUCCGACUCUCCAGAUGAAGAAAACAAUGUGGCAAGAAAACCGCGUAAACAAGGUUCGGUAAUAUGGAACUUCUUCGAAAAAUGCAAAGCAAAUUCCAGCGCGAAAUGUUGCACGUGUGGCAAAAUUUAUAAAACAAGUGGAAAUACGUCAAACCUAUUUGACCAUAUAAAAAGAUCUCACCCGACUCAGCUGGAAACGUCAAAUUCUAAAACUAAUAUUCAUAGGUUCUUUAAACCAGCAGAAUCUGAUUCGUACCGGUAUUAUUCAGUGAAAAAGGGGCAAAUUGAUGCUGCGUUGGCGCGCAUGAUCGCCGUUGACGUGCAACCUUUUCGCGUAGUAGAAGACAAAGGUUUCCGCGAACUUAUUGCAACUUUGGAC